GUGCGGUCCCUGCAAUGGAGCAUCUGCGCUCUCUCGUGGCCGUGCUGGGGGCCUUGUCGGCAGCGCUGGCGUGCGAUGACACCAUCGCCGACCAUCCGCUCUGCACCUUCGGGAGCCAGUGCAGUUGCGAGCAGCUGAUCGCGGAGCAUGGCUGCGAUGGAGCGGUGACGUCGGCAAUGGGGAGCACAGCAGUGUCGACUGUGUGUUGUGGUGCUUGUGCAUGCGAGGACACUCUCGCGCAGACGGCGUCCCCGAUCAAGGAAUGUGCGGUCUUGGUUGCUUCUUGUCCUUGUGGAACGGAAUGCUGGGGAACUGAUGUCGACGAUGUGUGUAAGAAGACGUGUGGCCUUUGCGGUGGCAUGCUGGACACCGACCUGUCUAUCACCUCGACUACGCCCCCUCCAGGCCAGGCGGCCGGCACACACAAAGUGUAUCUCAGCCCGCCUUUCCAGUCCGAGGAGUACACUGUAUUCGACAUCAGCUCCGAUUCGGUGAUGAUCACGAGUGUCGUUCCAGCUGACGUGGAGUGGUUCGGGUACAUCUUUUUCACGUACACUCAAGAAGUGGGUGACCCGACCGCCUCGCUGGCCUACUACUUCACGGUACAGCCAGACGGCAGCAUCACAUACAGAGCAUUCUGGCUGACGUAUUUCGGGCCUACAAGUGGCCUUGGCAUGACUGCCCCCGCUCCUGUUUGGGAGUGUACCAGCGAGGCCCAUACGAUGAGUCAGGGCCAGGUGUGUCAGUUCAACGAUACCACGGGCGAGGGAGAUUUCAUGGUUGGCACUUCAGGGGUGACUUUAGGCAUGCGACCCCAGAGCCCUGCCCACGAGGACAUCAAUCUUCUUAACGUAACGUCCGAUGGGAGUUGGCACACCAUAGUUUGGAGCCGGAGCAGGAAAGCGCCGUUUCACGGGGACACCGUCCAGGUCCGGUACGCUUCGGCCCCAGCAGCGAUCACUUCUGACAUCGAUACCGUCCUGGGCUUCAAGUACCACGGUUAUCAGAACCGUUACUCUUCCAGCGUCGAGCUCGCGAGCUCUCAGCAGGAGAGCUUCGUCGUUGACGGCUUUGUGCAGCACCAAUGGAUUUCCGAUGACACCGUCCUUGUCGGCAGCGGGUACGGUUGGAACAACCCUCCGCCAGGUGCGAGCAGGUUCAUCUACCUGGGCUUCUCAAACAUUGCGCUGUACCCGAACGCCAGCGCCCUCGCCAGUUGCGCUUUUGACACCGCCAUCGAAGUGGGCGGGCAGUGGGACAGCCCGUUCGAGCUGAGCCUGACCCAGGCGCACGUCGGCCAGGUCUUCAUCGGCGCUUCAACCACCACAGCCUACGCUAACGGCACGGUAUCGCCACUUCAUUGCAAUUUGGGCUCCCGCUUCACAGUUACAGUGUCUGAUACGUCUGGCGAGUCUGAUGAUAUCAGUGGCGAGCUGCGUAGCACGCCUUGGGCGUGGCCUGUGGUCUCGGCAAUGACGAUUUUCGCGGCAACCGUGCUCGUCCAGUGA